GGCGCGUUGCUUACGUCACUCGCGGGCGCCCACCCCGACGGAGCCAGAGGGUAGACAGUGGGACCGGCGGGAGAGACUGAGCUUUGGCAGUGGUAGCGGCGACUGCGACGGCAGCAGCGAUGGCCGGGGCGGGGCCGGCGGGACUCCCGGGUGCGGGAGGACCUGUUGUCCCGGGUCCUGGCGCCGGUAUCCCGGGCAAGAGCGGCGAGGAACGCUUGAAGGAGAUGGAAGCGGAGAUGGCCCUGUUUGAGCAGGAAGUUCUGGGGGCUCCAGUAACCGGAAUCCCAACUGCGGUGCCCACAGUCCCCACGGUGGAAGCGAUGCAGGUCCCAGCUCCUGUGAUCCGCCCAAUUAUCGCGACCAACACAUACCAGCAGGUCCAGCAGACUCUGGAAGCACGGGCGGCUGCUGCAGCCACAGUGGUUCCCUCCAUGGUGGGCCCUCCUUUUGUGGGUCCAGUUGGCUUUGGCCCUGGUGAUCGGGGUCACCUGGACAGUCCAGAGGCUCGAGAAGCCAUGUUCCUGCGGCGAGCAGCUGUGGCCCCCAUCCUGCGUCCAGACUUCAUCCCCCACGUGCUGCAGAGAGCAGAUUCUGCUCUUUGUUCCGCAGCAGGCGCUCCCCGACCGAUAGCCCUGCGGCCUCCGCACCAGGCUCUUGUGGGCCCCCCUCUGUCUGGGCCCCCUGGACCACCCAUGAUGCUGCCGCCAAUGGCUCGGGCCCCAGGGCCCCCCCUGGGCUCCAUGGCUGCUUUGAGGCCCCCGCUGGAGGAGCCGGCAACGCCGCGAGAGCUGGGUCUAGGCCUGGGGUUGGGCCUGAAGGAGAAGGAGGAGGCAGUGGUGGCGGCUGCCGGCCUGGAGGAGGCUAGUGCGGCUGUGGCCGUGGGGGCCGGGGGCGCCGCGGCCGGCCCUGCAGUCAUCGGGCCCAGCCUGCCCCUGGCCCUGGCCAUGCCGCUGCCCGAGCCCGAGCCCCUGCCCCUGCCCCUGGAAGUGGUGAGAGGCCUGCUGCCCCCGCUGCGCAUUCCUGAGCUCCUGUCCCUGCGUCCCAGGCCCAGGCCUCCCCGCCCUGAGCCCCCCCCUGGCCUCAUGGCCCUUGAGGUCCCAGAGCCUCUAGGUGACGACAAGAAGAAAGGAAAGCCAGAGAAGUCCAAACGCUGCAUUCGCACGGCAGCGGGGAGCAGCUGGGAGGACCCCAGCCUCCUGGAGUGGGAUGCAGAUGACUUCCGGAUCUUCUGCGGGGAUCUGGGCAACGAGGUGAACGACGACAUCUUGGCGCGAGCUUUCAGUCGCUUCCCGUCCUUCCUCAAGGCCAAGGUGAUCCGGGACAAGCGCACCGGCAAGACCAAGGGCUACGGCUUUGUCAGCUUCAAGGACCCCAGCGACUACGUGCGCGCCAUGCGGGAGAUGAACGGGAAGUACGUGGGCUCGCGGCCCAUCAAGCUGCGCAAGAGUAUGUGGAAGGACCGGAACCUGGACGUGGUGCGCAAGAAGCAGAAGGAAAAGAAGAAGCUGGGCCUGAGAUAGGGCCUGUGGCCGGGCACCCGCUCCUACCUGCCGGGCGCUGGCUCCUGCCCUCGGUUCUCUUUGGAAAACCUCCCGCUGGCCACUUUACCUUUCCUCCCCAAGCCGGUUUCAAUAAAUUUACAUUCGUUUCCA